AAGUGACAUUAUUCUUUUCUUAAAAUAUCUAACAUUCCAUCUUCAUUUCUACACCUAAUUAUGUGAAUUCAAUUAAGAAGAAUCGAGCCUAUUAACUUUAAAGUUGAUAAUACUAAUGCAUCCUAAACUUUUAGUUGGGUGUUAUAUAUGUAUAGAUUGUUGUGUAGAUGCAUGUAGUAGCUCUGAGUGAGUGCAAACUACUUUCUCAUUGCUCCAUACAUGUGGGAAAAUAAAAAUGGGACUUUUUGGUUUCGGCUUUACUUUAUAUUUCAAGAGAGAGAUAUGGAAUGAACUAGAAGCAGUCUAGCCAUACCCACAACUCGUUAGCCAUGGCCGACUCCCCAUUGCUGGAAUGUAUCGAGAGUCGCGGUGAAACAACAUGGGUAUCUUUCUUUCGGGAAGUGAAAGUUGUUGGGUUCUUAGCAGCUCCAUUGGCUGCUAUCAAUCUCUCUCAGUUCUUGAUUCAGACUGGUUCUUUGAUGAUCGUGGGUCAUCUCGAUGAACUCUCUCUCUCCAGCACCGCCAUAGCCGUCUCUUUAGCUGCUGUUACUGGAUUCAGUGUGAUUAUAGGUAUGGGUAGUGCCCUUGAAACUCUAUGUGGGCAGGCUUAUGGUGCUGGACAAUAUCGAAAAUUUGGAAAUCAUAUUUACACUGCUAUGGUAUGUCUCCUAGUAGUUUGCCUGCCAAUAACUCUGUUAUGGAUCAACAUGGGGAAGCUACUUGUUUUGAUUGGCCAAGAUCCUUUGAUAUCACAUGAAGCUGGGAGGUUCAUGAUUUGGCUUAUUCCUGGGCUCAUUGCUUAUGCAUUUCUUCAGCCACUUAUGAGAUAUUUUCAGAUGCAAGUUUUAGUAAUUCCCAUGCUUGUAAUUAGUUGGAUCACCUUUUGUCUGCACAUACCCCUCUGUUGGGUUUUGGUGUAUAAAACCGGAUUCCAUAACCUUGGUGGAGCUUUAGCCAUGAGUAUUUCAUAUUGGGUGAAUGCAAUUUUUCUUGGGUUAUAUAUGAAAUUUUCUCCCAAGUGUGGAAAAACUCACGGUGCAAUUUCUAUGGAGGUGUUCAAAGGAAUCAGAAUCUUCCUUCGCUUUGCUAUCCCUUCUGCAGUAAUGACUUGCCUUAGUUGGUGGUCGUUUGAGCUGAUUAUCUUACUUUCUGGAUUUCUUCCAAAUCCAGAGCUUGAAUCCUCAGUUCUAUCUGUUUGCUUCAAUACCUUGACAACGGCAUUUACAUUAGCCUAUGGAAUCGGCAGUGCAGGAAGUACCAGAGUUUCAAAUGAACUAGGAGCUGGGAAGCCGGAAGCCGCUCGCAAAGCUGCUGGGGCAGCAAUAUUUCUUGCUGUUGUGGAGAUCAUCAUAGCGAGUGUGGUCCUCUUUGCUGUUCGUCAUGUUUUCGGUUAUGCUUUCAGCAGCGAAAAGGAAGUUGUGGAUUAUGUUUCUGUCAUGGCUCCCCUAGUUUGUAUAUCAAUUAUUAUGGAUGCCAUUCAAGGGGUCAUUUCAGGUAUUGCAAGAGGAUGUGGUUUGCAGCAUAUAGGGGCUUAUAUAAACUUAGGGGCUUUCUAUCUCUGUGGAAAUCCAGCUGCUAUAGCUCUUGGUUUCUGGGCAAAUCUGAGAGGCAAGGGCCUAUGGAUUGGCAUCCAAAUUGGAGCUUUCGUGCAGAUGCUUCUACUUGUGGUCGUCGUGAGCCAUAUAAAUUGGAAAAACGAGGCAGAUGAAGCAAGGGAGAGGAUCUUUGAAAGAAGAUGCUUGGUAAAUAAAUAUGAGGAGCAAAGUGUUUGACCGAGGACUGUUUCUUCUGUACAGUUGUGACCGACAAUUAAAGUUGAAGUAUCUGAAGAGAAAGUAUAUAAGGCAAAAAACCCACAGCCAUUGGGUACUUCUAGAGUUUGUCUUUCCUUUUUUCGUUUAUCCUAUCCCUUUUUUCCCUCUCUAAGAUGGAGAGAAGAUUUGAAGCAUCUUAAAAUGUGUAAAAGUAAGGGCCUCACUUUAUUUUGUUCAGUUAUCUACUUUUUAUGCGAUCACUUGUCUUGGGAUAUCAGGCCAAGUAAAGUAAGAAUGUAUAAACCUCACCAUUUGUGGUUGGAGGACCCUUAGUUUGUCUUUGAUGCUUUUCAAGCAGGCAAAGGCAGAGUAUAAAUCAUCAUUUGUGGC